CAAAGCUGCUGCUGCCUGUUCUGCCUGCUCGGCUCUCUCGGUCAAUCGUAUGGGCCAGUAUGGCGCUGUGCGCUGCGCCACGCCGCCACCGCCGACGCCCUGAUCGGAUCCGCGAAGCACCCGCCACGCUCCCCGAGAGCAUCGUCGUCGUCGUCGUCGUCGACGUUGCCUAGGCAGCCACGGACCAAAUAUCAGUACCACCCGAGGCCUAGACCCAAGCCAAUGGUUCACGAGUAAAUUUCGGCGCAGCGAGAAAGAAGAAGAAGGAAGAAUAAGAAGAGCCGCCGCCGGAUCGGCGCGAGCGUGGCUUGUCACGUGGCCGUGCCAGUCGGUCAUGGGCCGGACACGCGACCUUACGACGGCCGUUGACUUGGCGCUCGACUGAGCGCAACACAGCGAGCCGCCUAUAACACGUGAUCCACACGAGUGCGGAUCGGCGCGAUUUACAGCCGAGAGCUAAACAAUGACGUGCCCCUUUGCCGCGGGUUUGGCGCGGCUCAACAGCGGCGACGACGAGUCCGAGGCUACACGCGGUGGCGGCGACGACUCCGCGGACAGGCACAAAACGGGCCGCUCGAGGCAGCCGCUCAAAUCCAAGGAUGACCGGCUCAAGCCGUGCCGACAGUCCUCCAUGCAAAUCACCUCGUCGCUGCUGGGCGAAGACAUCGAGGACUCCGAGGACACACAAACGCUCAAUCUCAAGCAUCUCAGAGCAGCUGUGCUCAUGCUGACAAAUCCAUCGAACGAAGUAAUUGCAGUAGCCUUAGAAGCCCUUUUAAGCAAAAAUGAGGUGCCCUUACCAACUUCAACAUCUCUUGAAAAACUUCUCGACAACGUUGAAAUUGAAGAAAACUAUAAUUUGCUAGAAGAUAUAUAUGAAACUCUCAAUUAUGAUUGCGACAUCGACGCGAACGAAUUUCUGGACACGCUGGGUCAAGAGGUCAUAUCGACGGCCUGCGUCGGCCUGCUGGAGCGGGCGUUCAGGUGCCUCGGCAACGACCUCGCGGCCUUCCUCACGACCCUCGACGGGGUGAACGACGUCGUCCAGCACCAGUCGGGCAGCGAGACCGAGGCCGAGUUCGUCUGCAUCGCCACGCCGGGCGCCCUGGAGCUUCACUUCACCACAGACUACCCGUCCAUUGCCUACCUGCUGGUCGGCAGUCUCAAGGGCAUCGCCCGACAGUUUUACGAUGACAAAGCCGACGUGUACAUACUCCCGGAUCCUUACAAUACUAAAUUUUUUAGAUAUCGAAUUACACCGGAGCACUUCAACAGUGCGAGCAGUUCGGCGGCAGCGGCGACGGCGCCAGCUCCCAACCUGGCGGUCCAGGAGAGAUCCGACAGCGUCGAGGAUGAGGAGGAGAUCGCCGGCGAGCACAGCCGCUUCCGUCCACUGUCGCACGAGGCCGCCGACCUGCGCAUGGGGGUGGCGAGCUUCUGCAAGGCCUUCCCCUGGCACUUCGUCGUGGAUCGGAACCUCGAGCUCGUGCAGCUCGGCAGCGGCUUCAUGCGGCUGUUCGGCCACCAGCUGGCCUGGCAGGGACGCGAGAUCAGCAGCUACUUCGUGUUCGCGAGGCCUCGCGGCGUCAGUCUCGCCUUUCACGAGAUCCUCAAGCGCUCCAACACGCCCUUCGUGCUCACCCUCAAGCAGCAGUCCGCCGACGAGCAGUUCCAAGCUGAGGGACUCGAAUUCAAAGGCCAAAUGGUCCAUUGCCAAGAAUCUGACUCUAUCCUGUUCGUGAGCUCGCCGUUUUUGAAUGGAUUAGAGGGACUUACCGGUCAUGGGCUUUUCAUCUCUGAUAUUCCAUUACACGACGCAACAAGAGACGUUAUUCUCGUCGGCGAACAAGCGAGAGCUCAGGACGGCUUGCGAAGACGCAUGGAUAAACUAAAGAGCUCGAUCGAAGAAGCAAACAGAGCCGUCGACGCCGAGAGAGAGAAAAACGUCAGCCUCUUGCAUCUUAUCUUUCCGCCAGAUAUAGCGAAGCGCCUCUGGCUGGGCGAGACAAUAGAGGCGAAAAACUACGCGGACGUAACAAUGCUGUUCAGCGACAUCGUUGGAUUUACUGCAAUAUGCUCGACGGCUACACCCAUGAUGGUUAUUAAUAUGCUGCAAAAUCUUUACCAGCAGUUCGAUUCCUACUGCGGUCAGCUCGAUGUUUACAAGGUAGAAACCAUCGGAGACGCUUACUGCGUAGCUUGCGGUCUGCAUAAAAAUACAAAUACUCAUGCGCAGCAAAUAGCAUGGAUGGCGCUGAAAAUGAUACAAACAUGCACGCAACACUCUACCCACGACGGAAAACCUAUAAAGAUGAGAAUAGGUAUUCAUACCGGCAUGGUUCUAGCUGGGGUGGUUGGAAAAAAGAUGCCUAGAUACUGCCUCUUCGGUCACAAUGUAACAGUGGCUAAUAAAUUCGAAUCAACGAGUGAACCACUUAGAGUUAAUGUAAGCCCGACAACAUACGAAUUUUUAAUGCAAGGACCAGGAUUUAUUUUAGAAGCAAGAUCUAAAGACAAUCUGCCAAAAGAAAUGUCACGAGACACCGAAGGAACUUGUCAUUUUCUUAAUGGAUAUGUUCAUCCUGAGGUAGAUCAGAACGAACCAUUGGAUGCUCACAUUCAAGCAGCUCUAAAUGAACUUGGGAUCAACGGCAGCGUGUAAUAAUCGAGGUGAUACGCCCAACACAUAACAAAGUACAUCUCAUGAAUACACCGUCAUCUAAGUUAUAAAAUAAGUAAAUUAGACGUAUACACAAAUAGUUACGUUCAGUUGACUAGUAUAAAUGCAUCCUCAUGAAAUGUUGAACUUUUAAGAAUGAAUAUUAGAACUUCAAUUAUACCAAAGAGUUUUCUCAUAAAAGUGUAUUAUUAAAUCAUAUAUUAUAAUUAACGAUAAGUACCAAAAUUGUCUAUAAUUUUUAUUUUCAAACUUUUCAAAUUAGUUAACUGUAUCUGAAAAUCAAAUAAAAUAUCCCAUAAAAUUGCAUGAAGUACACUCAUAAUUAUACUAUAUGCUUGUAUAAGCAACAUGGAUGUAUGUUUUGUCGUGUAUGAUAAUCUCCA